AUGGAGCAAUUCCUGCGCGUGAAGAAGGUGUUCGAGUCAUUAAGCCAAUUAGGUUCUUCCUCGCAUCGCGAUCUUUUCAACACGCGUCUCACGCAGCUCUCUCCCAUCCUCCGCUACUGCGAGUACAACCUCAAGCGUGCCGAGGGCGAGAACGCGGCCGCCCUGCUGGACCUCCUCUCUUCCGCGGAUAAUUCGCAAUUAUCGCAGCAGCUAGCGGACCUGAUUCAAAACGAACUCGUCGAAAGCAGCGAGGAGCUUCGCGUCGUCUCCUUCCGCGGGCUUUUCCUCCCCGUCGAGACCGAGGAGCUGCGCAAAGCCUUCCAGGAGGUCCGUGCCGCCGAGCAGGCUCUGCUCCGCCUCCGAGAUUCCCGCGGGGAGGACGAAGAACGCGUGCUGGAGAGUUUUGGUCGGGUUUUCGAGGCGUUUGAUCGGGUUUUGCGCGUGCUGAGCACGGAGCGCGAUCGGCUGUCGAAGUCGGCGAACGGGCUGCGAUUCCGCGACACGGAGCGAUUAUUCGCGGUGGAGAAACUGGGGAAACAGAGAAGGAUCGUGGAACGAAACGUGCUGAUUUUGAACGGGUGCGUCGACGCGCUGCGAUCGGGGCAGUCGACGAAUUGGGGAAACUUGGUGGCGCUUGCGUCGAACAUCGUGGAAGCGUUGGAGGAGCUGCACGCGCUGAACGGAGAAUUGUCGCAGGGCGCGGAGGGCGAAGCAAAAUUGGCGGGCGAGCGUCUGAGCGCGGCGAUCGACGAGCUGCAUUUGCUGUACCGCGCGGUGCGCGCGUUUUACGCGGGGAAGGGCGCGUGCGAGAACGGGAAGUUCGAGUACGCGAGCACGUUCUGCCUGUUCGCGCAGCAAAUCGUGGGAGAAUUGAGGGAGGACGCGGCGCCGAGCAUCUUCGAGAACGAUGCCGAUGCGUUCGUGUCGCUGCGAUUCGCGGGGAAUCUGCGCGAGGACUUGGAACUGCUGAGCUGCAGCGUGAAGGCGCAGGCGCUGCUGGCGAAGAGCGAGGCGGAGAAGAAGGGAGAAAGAGGCGCGGAGGGCGAAGAAAUGGCGAGGUAUUUGAGCGAGGACGCGAAGCAGAGAGUGGAAUUCGAUGCGCGCGGACGGUACCGAGUGACGCCGAUCCCGGUAGCGAUGAAGACGACGACGUGCAAGCCGCUGUUCUUUGAUAUGGUCGAUGAAAGGGUGACGUACCCGAAUUUGGAGGCGCGGAGCCGCGUGGCGGAGAAGAAGGGAUGGUUCAGUGGUUGGUGGUGA